AUGUCGGCUCUCAGCACCUCCGCUUCUCUAGCCGUCGAUUCCCGGCUCGCCCUCGCCGAUCAGACGGUGUUCAAGGGCCAACCAGUGACCGUCUCUGUCGCUGCUCCCGCCAGAAAGACCGUCGCGACGAGCGUGUCGUGCCGUGCCGAUGGCGACAAUAAGAAUGCGACGCCCAAAUUCGCGGCUCAGCUCGCUAGAGCCGUCGUUCCCGCUCUGUCCUCCGCGAUCUUCGCCGCGACCGUGAUGGGCAUUGCGCCGACAGCUGACGCGAUGCAGAGCUAUCUCCUCACUGGUGGCGUCGCCGCCGCUCAAGCAGAGGAGGUCGCUGUUGUGGAUGAGGCCGCUUUAAACACGCCUGAGGAGCGAGCCCGGCGGCUGGGCGAGCUGCUGCGCAAGAAGCGCGAGGAGCAGGAGGCGAUCGCCGCUGCGGCGCGCGCGGAGGCGGAGAAGAAGGCGGCGGAGGAGGAGGCCGCGCGGAGAUUCGCGGAGGAGAAGAUCCAGGCGCAGAGGCUCUUCGUUAAGCCGGAGCUGAAGCCGUCGAGCACAGUGGCGCCGCCCGUGAAGGAGGUGAAGCAGCAGGAUGCGAAGAAGAAGAGCAAGCGCGGCGGCAUGCCGCUCUUCGUGUCGCAGUUCGGCGUGCUCGCCGCGUUCGGCGGUGGCAUCGCAGCUCUCUUCGUGCUGCCCGAUGAGAAGUGGAAGGAGAUCGAGGAGGGUCUGGAGGAGGUGAAGGACUUUGUGGUGCCCAUCGUGGACGACGUUGUCAUCCCCUUCGCUGAAGCGACAUGGGAGGCCACCCAGGAAUUCGUUGAGACCGCCAAGCCAUACGCCGAAGCUGCGAUUGACGCUGCCAAGCCUGUCGCCGAGGCAGCCCUGGAAGCCGCCAAGCCCGUCGCCGAGGCAGCGUUGGAAGCCGCCAAGCCUGUGGCAGAGCAAGCAGUGGAGAAGGUGAAGGAGCUUACCGAGCCUAUGGUAUCGCAAGUGGAGGAGCAGGUGAAUAAGGUGAAGGACGUUGCAGGGCCGGUUGUGAGCCAAGUGGGUGAAUCGGUGGAGAAGGUGAAGGAGGCAGCAGGGCCGGUGGUGAGCCAAGUGCAGGAGAAGACUGCUGAGCUCAUCAAGUCUGUUGAAGGCCCUCCCUCCAAGCCCAACGCCUGA